ACUUACCACACAUGUAGCUUUGGGAAGGAUCAUAUACCUACAUUGUUCAUGGCCCAAAUAAUUCUGCAAAGAGACUCUUGAGAUUAAAUUUUAAUCAACUUUAAACAAACUCAAGAGCAAUUGAAAGUCAAGAAAAGCUACUGGCCAAGUGAACUGCGAAGGACUUGAGGCAAGCUCCCAAAGAAAGGACAUGGGGAUACUUUAUUCAGAGCCCAUUUGCCAAGCAGCUUAUGAUAAUGACUUCAAUCAAGUUCAGCUGCUGUUGGAAGAAGAUAGCAAUUAUUUGAAUGUUCAAGAUAGCUCUGGUGGAGACACCCCUCUAAUCUGUGCCUGCAGACAGGGACACAAUAGAAUAGUCAGCUACCUUCUGAAAUGGAAUGCUGAUGUGAACAUCAAAAACAAGAAAGAGCGCACAUGUUUGCAUUAUGCUGUGAGAAAACGGUUUAGUUUUCUUGACUACCUACUCAUUAUCAUCCUAAUGCCCGUUCUGCUUAUUGGCUAUUUUAUCAUGAUAUCAAAGACUAAGCAAAAUGAAAACCUCAUCAAGAUGUUACUUCGAGCUGGCACAGAUGUUAAUGCUACAGACUAUUCUGGGAACACAGCCCUUCACUAUGCCAGUAAAAUGAAAAAUCAGUCAGUCAUUCCUCUACUACUUGAAGCCCAUGCAGACCCUUCUAUAAAGAAUAAGAAUGGGGAGACUCCGGUGGAUAUAGCAAGAAGAUUAAAGUUCAUCAACAUUGAAUAUAUGUUAAAGAAGGCAUUCUAGUGCAUAAUGGGAGGAUACUGUAUUUUAUAAUAUGCCAAAAGAAAAAUCCCACUAAUUUGUUGUUUCUUAGCAAAAAUUACACUGGAAUAAAGAUUUGUAAAUAUAUUUUAUAUGUAGUUUAGAUUAAGUUUGUCAGGGAAAUACAAAGUUUAUCAAACAUUAUUUUAUUGAGUCAUGAAAAGGAUACAUUUCAUUAUUUGAUGAAGAAAAAGUAUAUAUCCACUUUUUCUUGUGAGAACAGAUAAAAUAGCACUAACUUUUCACAGAAACAUCUUAGUAAAACACACACACACACGCUGAAAACCUGGGUAUAUACAUCAAUGCACACAAAUAUUAUUUGUCAUGUAUAGAUAUGUCUCAAUAUUUAUAAUAAAAAUUACAUUUUUUACUGUUUCAAUAAAAACUUUGUCUUCAAUAAAAACA